CAACCCUUGGUAUUUAUGCAAACACCUUCGCUGAAAAGGCACAACAAACAGACAACACGUAGUCGACCGUGGACAGAACUAGUUCAGAGACACAAGAAGGAAGAUCGGAGUUUCCGGAGAGAAGGCAUCCCUGAGAAUCCUGAGAUGUUUACGGUGUAUGUAUCAGCGGUGGUGCUGGCGGCUUGUCUUGUGGCUGUCCCCGUAUCGGGCCAGUUCCCGCGCUCCUGUAUGACUGUAGACGGGAUCGUGUCUAAAGAGUGUUGUCCUGAGUUGAUCUCUCCGGACGGACGGAACCUCGGCGUGUGCGGAGAGAACGCCAGCCGGGGCUCCUGUCAGGACCUGGCCGUCCCCGACAUCCCCCACAACCCGGAAUAUCCCUUCACCAACGUGGACGACCGAGAACGAUGGCCCAACAAGUUCUUCAACCGGACCUGCGCGUGUCAGGGCAACUUCUGGGGCUACAACUGCGGCGAGUGUCGGUACGGCUGGACGGGAGAGAGCUGUGCCCAGCCGGCCCCGCCAGUCUUACGGAAGAACAUUCAGAACUGUACGGCGGAGGAAAGACGGCGGUUCGUGGACGCCUUGGACCAGGCCAAGAGAAGCGUCCAUCCUGACUACAUCAUCUGUAAGGAACACUGGCUCGGUUUGCUGGGACCAAACGGCACGGAGCCGCAAGUGGCAAACGUAACGAUCUAUAACCUGUUUGUGUGGAUGCAUUACUACGCCGUCAGGGACACACUACUGGGCCCGGGGCAGCCUUUCAAGGCUAUAGACUUCGCACAUGAAGGUCCCGCCUACAACACCUGGCACCGGAUGCACCUGUUGUGGCUGGAACGGGAGAUGCAGAAGAUGUUGGGAGAUGAGAGCUUCGCGCUGCACUACUGGGACUGGUCGGUAGGAGGUACGGAGUGUGACGUGUGUACAGACGACAUGAUGGGAGCCCGCCACCCCCUGAACCCGACUGCCCUGAGCCCCGGCUCGCCCUUCUCCCGCUGGCAGUCCGUCUGUAUGAGUCUGGACGACUACAACCGGCUGGUGACGCUGUGUAACGGGACGGACGAGGGGCCGAUCUUCCGCAACCCCGGCGGGAACGUGGACCGGCCAGCUGUCAGGGUCCUGCCUCGGCGAGAAGACGUCGGGCGUUGUCUGGACAUACCCGAAUACGAUCGUUUCGACUGGACCAAAGUGGCCGGGGGGAGUUUCAGGAACAGUCUGGAGGGGUAUAGUGACCCUGAGGGAACGUACCAUCCCGACAUCCGCUCCCUGCACAACCUGGCGCAUCUGUUCCUCAACGGCACGGGCGCCAUCACGCAUGCGUCAGCUAACGACCCCAUCUUUGUUCUCCUUCACUCUUACAGCGACGCCAUCUUUGAUGCAUGGUUGCGUCUGCAGAACAGCUCGUCGCUGAUUGGCUAUCCAGAGGAGGGCGCCCCUAUCGGCCACAACCUGAACAACACCAUGGUGCCGUUCUUGCCUGUGAUUCGCAACGCUGAUGUGUUCCAACUGUCGGAAGAUUUGGGAUAUGCCUACGACGUCUUACCACAGAGGAUCCCGUCCAACCAGCCUUUGUCUGGGAUCGAGAUCUUCGGCAUUGCAGUCGGCGUGGUCUUCCUCAUCGUCGUGGUGGUGUCGGUAGCUUCCGUGUCGGUUCGGGUGCUGUCGUGUCGGCGUCGGCAGGGCCGGGACGGACGUGGCGUGUACGAGCCACUUGUCCGUGAUGACGUCAGGACGGGGAGACAGUACACAGCGGAGGGGUCUGUGGUCUAUACAGACGACCAGGUCAAAUACGAGGGGAACUGAAUUUUUUAUGAAGCAAGUUUAAACUGUAACACAACAAAUUUGACUCACACAAAUUUUAGACUGUACAACUCCAGUCUUUGUCAAGGAAUGAGCA